UCCGUUGCGCGACUGUGUAAGGGAGUGGUAGCUGCUCGAAUUUUCCCUUCGAUGGGGUGUUGGGUGAGAGUCCUUUUCCCGAGGGUGAUGGGAGAGUGCGCGGGGUGGAUGCAGAUAUGGUUGGUGCGUUUUCUCCUAGGGGUGAGUGGCUGCUGGGUGGGAAUGAGAUGGAAGAUGAAGGGUUCAUCGAGGGUGGUUUGGCCGUCUGAACGUAGUCCGAUCGUCGUCACUAUAUGUUUUCUUUCCUCUGUGAGCGCUGUGUGCUUCCUGUUCCUCUACGUUCUCGAUUUGGACCGUUUUUCCGUUCUUUCUCGUUGUAAAUGCUCUUUUCCGACGCUAAGUGAGUGGGGAAAGUGUUGCGAAGUGGUGGAAAGUGAAGUUUAGUGGAGUUUGACGGUGGAAAGUCGAGAAAAGUGAUUUUCCUGGGAAAGUGGGCGCAUUUUCGCACUGCAAUAGGAAAAAUGGUUCUCCGUCCUGGGCUCGUCGUAGUGGUGGCACAUUUGAUGGGUUUGUUUGUGUUGGUGUGGAAAAUCGAGCAGUUCGAGUGAAUGGUGAAUGGAAACCUGUUCGAGCUACCAACAACUUGUUAGAGGGUUUUCGUUUUGAGAAGGAUUCUACCGCACGGUGGUGUUGGUGCGGAAAACUCGUCUGUAGGUGGUCGAGUGUUGAAAUAGGCUAUAGAGAUUCGAGUUUGCAAGCAUGGCCGCCGGGCCCGGUUCAGUGUUUUGUUCUAUUCGGGAAGAAAACUGGUGAAAAAUGGAUCAAAGUUGAUCCGAGAGGACCGAUUGAGGUUCCUGAAGAAAAGGAUUUAUGUGUCGCUUGGAAGGAUUGUGAAAUCUGACUCCAGGUUGCCUUGAAGGUCCCCCAGAUACGAAGGAUGAAGUGACUCAUGAAUUCAGAAGCUCGGUUUGUUCGUAGCUGUAAAGUGUUGUGUAAUUUUGCCUUGUAACUAUAGUGGGAAGCAGUUAGAAGAACAGGUCAAUUGGUAGUGUGAGAGGUUGCUCUUACUGAAGGACACCUGCUGGAUCCUCACCUGUUAGAGUUGGAUCCCGGAUAGCGGCGGUCAGUGCCAUGUCAGAAACCGUCGUCUCGUCAUCAUCGUCGCCAGCUACCGCAGUCUCCGCAGUGGAUUGGAAGGCGGACUGCAACCAACUUUCGGCUACUUGUUGCAUCGAGUUGUAAUUAUUUCAUACAUACAUUAGUGGAUGACACUGACUGUCCGGCAAACUCUCUCGAUGUGAACCGAAGCGAAAACACCUGCAAUACUGUAGUAAAUGAAAAGCAAUUGAAGAAAUCACGAAAAUACAACGAAAGCAAUACCCAUCCUGUGAAAAUGAAGAAAGAUAUAAAAGAGUAAUCAUCUAUCAUAGUAUCUAGUGCAAGUAGUUUGGAAAGCAAUUCUCCCCAGUUUUUACGCGUUACAAUCGAAGAUUAUAGCAAUAAAUAUUUUACACUCUGAACUUUAAAACUCGAAAUAAAUCAAUACCACUGCAACUAAAUUGAGUGGAAAGCGAUAUUCCCUUAUUCGUCCUGUGAAGAAAAGCAAAGUGUCUCCAAAGCACGUCGGAGGAAGUGGGGAACUCGCCCGAAACUACCCCAUAACAACAAGUGUUUUACGAUUGUUUUCCCUAAGCACAUAAAUAUACACAUUGACUCACCUAUAUUGGUCCCCUGUCGCCGUCCUGCGUCACCCUCCACAACACCUGUGACCGCCACCCCCACCCCCAACAGAAAACCACCACCCCCAGAAGCCGAGUCAGGAGCCGCAGCAGAACUCUCACCCACACAGCAGCGCAAUACAAACAUUGAAACACACCAAGGAAAAAUCAACAACAACUCGAACCAGGAGACCCAGCUCGAGCGAAAGAGCACCAGGUCAAGCCGUCUCGCUUCGGUGCACAUAUGAUCCACACCAAGACCAACAGCAGCAGCACAGCCAGCAAGUGAAUAGCGAAUAGCUCCUCCACCGCUCGCGACUUGGUCGACGUGACGCGACGCAAGGAUCCGUGAGCCCCAUUAAAACAUAUUUCAUAAAUCCAACAAGUGUGUUGUUUUUCGGCGAGCGACCCCAUCCCACUCCCCCCGAAAAAAAAGAAGAAACAAACCACCCCUCGACUUUCCGGUUUUUCCUCUUUCUAUCGAUUUAUUAGCCCUACACCUACGUGCGCUCGCGGCCAGGUAGCAACCACCUCACGCGGCCAGCACAAAUAACAUUAUUGAGACGACGACGACGACGUGGAUCAAUCCAAACAGCGACCGACCCGUCAUGCCUCGUUGCUACAUCGUCAAGAAGCAAAUAGCUGUCCCUCCGGCCCAACCACUACCACCACCACCGCCCCCAACACUAUCCAUUUCCACAUCAGCAGCUGGCGGCGGUGGUGGGGUUAUUCCCUACGGACGGCUCACUACUAAUGGCCUUCCCGUCACCAUCCACACCAACCACCACCAACCGCCGGUCUCCGGGCUGGGACUCGGACUCGGCAGCAACAGCAGCAACGCCAGUCAGAUUACGAUUAUCGGGGGUGGGGGAACCGUCGGAACCAGUGCAACGGAAGUGGGUAAUGUGAUUGUGAAACACACCAGCAACGGCGGCGCGGUGGUCCCAGGAGGAGUGAUCUGUAGUCCCACUCCGGCGACAGGACCCGGUAACAGCAGCAACACCGGAAAUGUGAUUAUACUGAACAGCGUUAGUGUGAUCAGCAGCAGUAGCAGCGGCAGCGGCUGCGGAGUUGCGGGGCCACUGGGAAGUGUUAUUAGUGGCCUUGGUCCGGCGGCCAUCACUGGAGGAAUCACUGGGAGUACGGCCACCGGUGGAGUGAUACAUCGAAUAGUGGAUGAUACUGCGGGGCCUACGGGACCCACCAGCCCGACCGAGGCCUGCGUGGCGCCGAUCUAUUACACCAAUUUGACGGGCGAGAAUCAGAAUGGUAAGUGGAUUUAAUUACUUGAAAG